AUGGCUCUACAUGCCCCCAGGCCGAGCAAGGGUCGUUCGUCCCCGCUCCCCUCCUAUUCAAGUGCCGUACACGAGAAGGCCUAUCUCAACGGCAGGAGUCAAUCCGGCCUUUUCACCCUGUUUUACCUCCCCAUACCUGGCGUACCAGGACGACAACUCAGAGUCCCCGCACCAAUCCCUCCCAGGUUAUACCACUAUACAGUCACGCGAUUCGGUCGCAAACGUGGCUGUCUCAUCCUCCUCCUAUGCGUUCUGUCUGCCUUCUGGACAGUGUUCGCACUCGCAAAACGCUUUGGAACCGAAGAGAAGCAGUGGCCGACGCCGUUCCAAUCCGACUCAACGCUUGUAUUUCAGCGUGAAGAUUUGCGGAAGAUAUGGCAAUGGGAGAUUGCGAGUGGGCAUUAUCCGAGUAGUCGAAAAAUCCCGGAGCAGAUUGGGCUCACUGAGGAGCCGUACAACCCUGGGCUGCCUGCUCUCAAGACAUCGCUCCCGUCGCGCUUCAGACCACCUCAAAAGCUUCCAAUAACGAGCACUCGGGGUAUGGGUUCGAAGCGAGUUUACUUGGAUUUCCAGGCUCGGCCUCCCAACGUUGCAUACCCACCACGACCUGUUCCCGGGUCUGUAAUAGAUCUUGAUAUAGUUAUGGAUAACUGUGAUUUUAGCGAGAAUAAGUAUGUUCGCGACUGUCUCGAAGUGCUGCGCCUGGGAGCCGGAUUGGAUAAUGGCAAACGGGUGAGGCGUGGAAAGAUGGAUGAAUGGAAGUAUAUCUAUGUUGAGCAAGGAGAGCCCCAAAAUUAUUCAACUACUCAGGCGGCAGAACCAACCUAUAAUCUCUGGGCUGCGGAGAUCCCACAAAAGCAGGUCAUUGAGGACAACCCCAACAGUGGGCUGAGCAAAAAAUAUGGCAUAGAUUGGGAGCCGUCACUUAUCCUUCCGGAACCUGUUGAAUAUCGACGCACAGAGAUACUUCCUGGGCCAUGCGAUCCUGAUCACCCACGCAUUUAUCAUAUGUUUUGGACUGGCCCAUUCACUGACAAGCCGUAUCUUGCCCUUUUAUCAUACCUCUUUACUCAAAAUCUGGGGUUGCACGAAGGCGCAAGUCAGCAGGAGGGUAAAGUGUGCAGGCCUCAGUUCUGGAUGUGGAUCAAUCCCGGGCCCGCUGCUGCUGUCCCCAAUCCGAAUGCGCGUCGCGAGAUGUUCGAGCAGCUCAAGUCAAAUCCGUGGGCUUCGCCCUUCCUUCAUCCGCGUUUCAAGGACGUGAUCCAAUUCAAGAUGUGGAAUACAACGGAACAGCUGGACGGUGUCCCAGAACUGAAAGAGGAAUGGCGUGCACUGCAGGAAACAUUGUUCAAUUCCGGUGGACAUAUUAUUCAGGUACCUCAGAAAAAGGUCACAACCACUUCAACGGAGGAGGAACGUGAGACUAGAGGCACUGCUGAUGCGGAUGGUGAGAAUGCAACUGGGCCUCCAUCGCCGUCUACGCCGGUCAAAGCGGAUAAUGACGACAUGCUUAACCGUCUUGGAUCAUCGUCUUCAUCCUCGUACGAUCGGUUAUCCGUUAUUCUGUCUGAUAUGGCUCGCUUCGUUCUUUGUCACCGAUUCGGUGGAAUUUAUCUCGACGCGGACACAUUACUAUUGCGUGACUGGGAGGAACUUUGGGGCUGGAAGGGUGCCUUCGCAUACCGAUGGUCACGGCUGGAGACAUACAACACCGCUGUUCUGCAUUUGAACAAAGGCUCUGCGCUCGGUACAUUCUUGUUCAGGACUGCGUUAAGAAACUUGCUUGAUUUCCAUCCAAUGACCGUCUCAAAGUAUGCGAAACAUUCGUACAUGGAAGGUUUACUCCUCCGACUGCCCGAUGCAUUGUUCGACUCGGCGUGGCUGAACACGGAAUAUUAUCAAAGAGAUAGGCCGCCCCAGCCUUACUUCACUGCAUUUGAGGACUUCUUUGAGACACCUGCACAGGAUAGUGCAGCCCCUCAAGCUUUAGGAUUUGAGGGCUUCUUCCGUGGUGCAUAUUCUUACCAUUUCCAUAACUUCUGGUGGAAACCCUUUGACCCGAGCCGCAAUUUCCCAGACCUUGGACCCCGGUUUAUCAAGGGUGAACGACAAGCUCGUGCGGCGCUGAAGACGGCCCCAGGCACGACCCAAUCGGAUGCUGAUGCUGACGCAGAGUUCGACGAGGACAAGGUGUCGGAUGACAAACGGGAUUUGGAUUGGGCAGCAGUACUCAAGCGUACAUUUGAGGCUUAUAUUCGGGGUGAACGACCAAACAUGUAUGGAGAAUGGCUGCAGUGGUGAUCAUAUGGGCACUCUGCAUCUUGUUUAUUCAUAUAUUCCUUCAAUUCAUCUUUGACCCAGACAAUGGACAAGAAAAAGAUAUCUAUCAGCAAUAACGCCAAUCCAACUAACGAUUGGUAUCACUACGACUUCCCGUUGUGGAUCAUAGACUCUCGAGGAUAUGGCAUUAUUUACGUAUCUAUAUUUUUAUCAUGACCUGUCCUAUGAUGCGGGGACGUGCAUUCGCUUUCUCUCAGCUCGAUUAGUCGAUCCCCUCUUUACCUCUGUCCUUCUCGCUUUUAGACUGGGCUGUUGAGCUCCGUCAUCGUUUACAAGGACGAGGUGCAUGUGUUAAUUUCGCAAAUAAUCUCCUUU